UUGAUGUGUUAUCAGAAACAUUGGCGGAGGCGCUGGCUCUGCUCAAGCUACAGAUUAUAAAAGAGCCAGAUCUAUCACCAAAUGCCAUGAAGUUCCCGAUAGAGUCGACAAUGGAGUUGGAACAUUUCAACUCUAUCAUAACUCCGGAGCUCACCGAUUUCUAUAUCAACAAAAUACGGAACUUAAUGGGGACGAGCACAUCGAUGGCAUGCAGCUUAAAAAAUGUGCUGGACGAGAAGCUCAUUUUGGAAUACAACUUAGGCGGUACUUCGGGGAAGAGCUCGCUAAAAAAUUGUACAGAAUUUUACAAUGUCCUGGAACCGGCGGUGAAGAUGGAAAUACCCAACGAGCCAGCAGAAAAAGUGAUUCGGAAGGCUAUUCACAACAUUAAGAAUAGUCAUUUUCAGAAGAGCUCAAGAGACAAAAAAUACAAAACUCUGGCCUCCUCUGCACCUCUGCUUUUGAGGACUUUCUAA